AUGGAGUCGCUGAGGCUUCAGAGAGGAUCUCUUGGGUCGUUGCUGCCCUUGAUAAGGCCUCUGGAAUCGCCGUUGCUCCAGAGAGGGCCUCCGGGGUCGCCACAGCCCCAUGGAAGGCCCCGGGGAACGUUGAAGCCCCUGCAAAGGCUCCUUGAGUCGCUGUACCCCAGGGGCCCUCGCAAAGGCGGUGGUAACUCCACCAGUCCUCCCAGGGUCGGGGGCGCCGACCCCAGAGACCUUCCCAUAGACAAAAGUGCCCCUAUGUCCGUCCCAGAGGCUGUGGCGCCCCAGGGGCCCUACAAGGAGCGUCCUCCAAGAAGCCCUAUAGCUAGGCCCCACAGGACAGUGCCUCCUGAACCCUCCCAUUUAAGCCCCUACCAGGUGUGUCAUCCCCAAGGACCCCCAGGGGCGGCAGAGCCACCAGGAACUCCCAGGAUCGGCGGCUACAUGGGCUCUCUCAGAGGCGUCGGCGAUCCCACAGGGUUUUCCAGGGGCGGGUUGCUCCGUGCUCAGCAGGAGGCAGAGCCCACAGGCCCCCAGGGGGGGCAAACUCCCAUGGGCCUCCCAAUGGCGUUGACGCCACCAACGGCUCAGGGUGGCACCAAGGGUGGUGAGCACCCAAGGAGCCCUAGCAGAAAGGACAACCUCAGGGGCCUUAUCACUAGGCAUCGGCGGCACCUUAGGCCAGGCCGGAAUCGAUAG